CUUAAAUGCUUCUUUAUCGUAUUUGAGGCCUGGCUGCACAACAAAAUAUCUGUUCCGGUCUCAAAAUAAAACAAACGCUAAAUCCGAAUUUGUCGUUGUUAAGUAUUUAACAUUGUUACCCAGGAAGGAGUGGUGUUUACUACGACUAAAUUCGUCUAUUGAAGGCAUUCAAGUAGCCAAACAUGGCGGACACGGAUGAGCCGAUGGUGGUUGAUGGAGGCAGUGGACGCACCUGUGAGUGGGAAGGGCGGUGGAACCACAUCAAAAAGUUUCUGGAAAGAUCGGGGCCUUUCACACAUCCUGACUUUGAACCCAGCACAGAGUCAAUGCAGUUUUUGUUAGAAACAUGCAAAAUCCUGGUUAUCGGUGCAGGUGGACUGGGAUGUGAGCUGCUGAAAGAUCUGGCUUUAUCAGGAUUUCGCAACAUUCAUGUUGUUGACAUGGACACCAUUGAUGUGUCAAACUUGAAUCGACAGUUCCUCUUCAGGCCAAAAGAUGUAGGUCGGCCCAAGGCAGACGUUGCAGCUGAUUUCAUCAACAGCCGCAUACCUGGAUGCUGUGUAGUCCCACAUUUUAAGAAAAUUCAAGACUUAGAUGAAACCUUCUACAGACAAUUCCAUAUAAUUGUCUGCGGCCUGGACUCAGUAGUUGCCAGGAGGUGGAUGAAUGGUAUGCUGUUGUCUUUGCUGGCGUUUGAUGAUGGUGUCUUAGACCCAAGUUCCAUCAUUCCUCUCAUUGAUGGUGGGACUGAAGGCUUUAAAGGAAACGCUAGAGUCAUUCUCCCAGGCAUGACAGCCUGCAUCGACUGUACCCUUGAACUGUAUCCUCCUCAGAUCAACUUCCCCAUGUGCACAAUCGCCUCCAUGCCUCGGUUGCCAGAACAUUGUGUUGAGUAUGUCCGCAUGCUGCAGUGGCCCAAAGACAAACCCUUUGGAGAUGGUGUGGUCCUGGAUGGGGAUGACCCAGAGCACAUCCAGUGGGUGUACCAGAGAUCCCUGGAGAGGGCAGCAGCGUUCAACAUAACAGGAGUCACAUACAGGCUAACACAGGGUGUUGUGAAGAGGAUAAUUCCAGCUGUAGCGUCUACAAAUGCUGUCAUAGCUGCUGCUUGUGCAACUGAGGUGUUCAAAUUAGCAACAAGUGCCUAUAUACCUCUCAAUAACUACAUGGUCUUCAAUGAUGUCGACGGCCUGUACACCUACACUUUCGAAGCAGAACGAAAGGAAAACUGUUCAGCCUGCAGCCAAGUACCUCUGGACUUGCCCUUUCCUUCAAAUUCAAAACUCCAGGAAUUGUUGGACUACCUGACAGAAAGUGCCUCCCUACAAAUGAAAUCCCCUGCUAUAACCGCAACAGUGGAAGGAAAGAACAAAACAUUAUAUUUACAGUCUGUCGCUUCAAUCGAACAGAGGACGCGGCCAAAUCUGUCCAAAACCCUGAAGGAGCUGGGGCUGACUGACGGACAGGAGCUGGCUGUAGCUGAUGUCACCACACCUCAGACCAUGUUGUUCAGACUCUGCUUUACCUCAUAGGAUGAAUUCAAGCACUUCCACAGCCAGUUGAUGUCAUUCUGGUUUCUUGACCAACUGUGACUUGAUGCAGAAUAUUUAAAAAACGGCCUAAAAUCUAAAACAGUUUACGGUGUAUUCAUUCAUGGUGUAAAUGAGUGUAGCUAAUGUCAUUGUUUUAAUGUACUUAUUGACUUAAUGUCUUGCACUGAAAAGCCAAAAUCAUACUUCAUACUUUGUCAUCUUUUGGUGAUGCGUUGUCUGCAGAUGUUGGGGAUUUCUGCAUACAUGUGUUAUGUGCACUACAAACAUGCAAACAAAGAGACAAGAAUAAGUCACUUUGGCAAAUAUUAAUCAUGUACAUGUUCCGGUUUCAAAUGUUUUGAAUAUUUAUUUAUUCGAAAACUGUUUUUUCAGUAGCAGUAUCCACUGAAGUGGUAAUGAUCAGAUACAAAUAGUGAUGUGUGAACUGGAAUAAAAAUGUCUUUCUUACAA